UGUUACGAGAUGUCAUGUCGUUAGGUUUUGUAUCCUUGCCAGUCCUCCCUUAGUGUGUUUGUCAAUGCAGCAGUUAGGUUUUGUAUCCUUGCCAGUCCUCCGUUAGUGUGUUCGUCAAUGCAGCAGUUACGUUUUGUAUCCUUGCCAGUCCUUCUUAGUGUGUUGGUCAAUGCAGCAGUCUGCAUACUGACUGACCUGGACGCCAACGAUGAGUUAUCAAUGCCAUCACCCUUGCCCCCCGGUUCAUCUCCCUGGACUCUGCCACCUUCCCCGCCACCAUCAAGCCCAUAGUCAGCACCUCGAUUAGACUCGACACCUGGAUUUCAGUGUGAUUAACCCCAUGACAGUGAAAAUCUGCCGUAAAUAGGUUAUCUGAAGUAGAAGUUACCACCUGUUUUCUGUCUUUUCUGUGUGCAGACAAGGAGCGCUGUCGGCUUUCCUCUGUGGAAUACCUGUGUUCCAUCUUUUCCCUUUUUAGAACUUCGCAGAUGAAGGGAGUGACUGGCUUUCCUCUGUAGCACCCAACCCUUGCCUUCCCCCACUGCCAAGCUCCUUGUGUCGCUGAGCGUGUGUAAUACUGUGUAUAGCGGCUUAGCCAAAAGAUCUUUGGAGAUGAGGAGGUUUGUGAAUUAUGCCCGACUAUAUUCUUUGUUUUGCUCCCAUUUUAUUUGCAUUGUAUUUCCAUUUCCGGCAGUCGUGACAUGUAGUUACUUCAGAGGGUAAUAGAAGUUCUCGAUCGAGUUUCUUCGAGCUCGCUUGCACAUAAGCAAGCCCUGUCAUGGUGUGAGAAGGUUUGCAGUCGCGAACAAAGGUUUGGUGCUGGAGAUGAUAGUCUAUUUUUGGUUGCGGAUUAGGGUGUGCUGUGGAGAAGGCGAUGUUUGGUGCGAGGUUUACUGUUGAAGGCGAAUGUACAGCGUUGAGGGUGAUGAUUGUGCAUGUGUAUGCCAGUUUGUUUGUGCGUCCCUGUAUGUGGGCAUUGCAAAAAUAUUCCCCACCACAGUGGUACACCAGGCCCUGGUCAUGUCCAAACUAACGCUCUCUGUGGCCACUUUACUUCUCUGAAGCUACCUUGUACAUCCGUGGCUUACCAUGACCAGCUUUCCAGAGUCCCACAUAGGAUUGAGGGCAUGGGGGAGGCGGGAGGGCAGACCACACGCAAACCGACCAAACAGGCAAACCAAGAAAAACGAGUCCCAAAAAGACGCCAGGAUCAGGAGGUGAACAAUAGGCUGGAGGGCACAGGGGAGGCGGGGAGGGCAGACGACAUGCAAACACACCAAGCAGGCAAACCAGCAAAAAAAUACGAGUCCCAAAAAAAUCGAAAGACCGGAAAAAGUAAAAGUUGAUGAUGACAUAUUGUUUUGUCGGAGUUGCACUGACUCAUCAGGAGGCUGAACCCUCGACAAUCUGCGGAAUGCCCAUAUCGAUGGUUUGGGUCAUGAACCCUUCGACCCAUGUUGAAGGCAGACUGUUCCCAAGCAGGACAUAGCAGCGGGCAGCAACUCAGUGAAGCACCAGGCGACGCUGUCGCUGCACAACUGCUUAUCGCCAAAGACGACUGCCAAGGAACGACAGGGCAAGCGGACAAGCAGCUCGGCAACCGUGCAGUGAAGCGCAAGGGGACACCAACAAGGCAAUCAGACCACAAGGCACACAAGCAAAGGACACGGAAAGGCGACAAGGCAAGCGGACAAGCAGCUCAGCAACCGUGCAGUGAAGCGCAGGGGGACACCAACAAGGCAAUCAGACCACAAGGCACGCAAGCAAAGGACACGAAAGGGCGACAGGGCAAGCGGACGAGCAGCUCGGCAACCGUGCAGUGAAGCGCAAGGCAAUAUCAACAAGGCAACCAAACCACGAGGCACGCAAGCAAAAGACACGGAAGGCAUGACCUGCUGCAAGUGUGAGGAUCUGAGUCCUUGGCAUGCCCGUAAGGGGCCCUUGCAGCAAGCCUUGAGCCUGCCCUAAGUGAAGGCGGGCCCACUCCAUCCCACGGAGGCCUGAAUAUUGCAAAAUUGCAGGCCUUGGUGGGUGCCAGGCAGUUACCACAUGCCAGUUGGUUACAUACGCCCUGCUUGCGAGCAUCAGAAUCUUCAGUGAGCCUUCUAGGCUCUACUCUUCUCUACGCGGAAGCAGGCCAUUCGGCCUAUCAGAAAGCAGGGAACACCUCACUGGGCGCCGGGUGGUUGGGCGCAUAUGCCCUGCUUGCGAGCAUCAGAAUCUUCAGUGAGCCUUCUAGGCUCUUCUCUUCUCGACGUGGAAGCAGGCCAUUCGGCCUAUCAGAAAGCAGGGAACACCUCACUGGGCGCCGGGUGGUUGGGCACUAACUGCUGCGGGCCCAGGCCACUGUAUGAACGGGCCUGGGCACAGACACUUUGGCCCACCUUGAAGCUAGAGGCAACACAUCUCAGUCCCUGCAUGAUUCGGACAAGCAAUUCAUUCAGGAAUGCCCAGCAACACAUUCAGACGCAGCAGCAACUCAUUCCACAGAUCGGUUACGCCAACUACUAACCAUAGAUCCGCAGUGGGCCACAAACACAUUGCAGGACGAAGGUUUCAAGACAUGCACUGCCCUUGCGUUGCACGACCCCCCUUUCGGCUCCCGGCUGAUCUGAAUUGACAAAACAACCAAUCUCACGCGCUCAUGGCCAAACAUACUUGACAAAUUGACAGAAGACAUAUCGGCAAUUUCAUGCUAUUCGAUUUUACUACAAUCAGAAGAAAGUUGAGCCAAGCGAACACAUUUGGCCUGAUUUCUUGCUCGCCCCAGGGGCCCUCGAGCGUAGGGCGAUUCCUUAUGAACAAAGAAGUCAUUCAGACAAUGGUGAUCUUCAGGAGUCCCGGGACCUGAUUGAGGCACUUAUUCACCAUGAAUAUUUGACUCUACCACUUGCUACUAUUCGCUAUGUUAGCGGGGAUAUCCCUCACUUGCUCUUUGAUUAUGUUCCAUUUGAAUUCUAUAGAUAUUCCAGCCUUCCAGGUUAAAAGAAGUGGCUGAUCGACUCCCGAUUGAGAAAAGACUGAAGGAAGCGUAUCUGAGAGCAUGCAGCUAGGAUUGUCCCAUAGCUACCUAUCAAGAGCCAAAACACUGGGUCCUCCACAUACUACAUAAAACUACGCACUGAGCAGAUGAGGAAGAACAAAAGCUCUCCGCUUUCACUGCAGUCCCUACUGCCAUCCGACACUACUACUACAUAUAUUGUCACCACAUCUCUACCGCACUCCCUUGUUAUAAACAGCUAACACCAUCCCAGCAAUCACAACCAUGGUUUACCCCACUGUCUGCUAUUGGUCUAGCUGCUGCUCUCUCGACUCUUUCAACCAUUGAUGCUAAUUACAGGUUGCAGAAGAUAAGUGCAGUCAUGGCAAGCAACAACGACAAAACAAGCGAAUGGAGUGCUCUUAAGGCCACACCGUUUGUCAACUACAAUUGCCAGGGGUACAAGGACAUUCAAGGACAUUCCCAACUUUGAGGACUACAAGACAGCAGCUGCAUCACAUAUUGCUCUUCAGCAACAAUUUUUUGGCAGUUGCACCAUGAUGUAAAUCACAUGUUGUCAGACAUCAUCCACAAUGUUCUAGCAGAUCGCCAAGACUUGAGAGAGACUCAGGUGGAAUUCGAUAUGGGAACUUUUCUGAAUAAGUCAUUUCUCAGAUGGAAUUCGAUACAGUUUUGAAAUGUGUUUUUUUUGAAAUUUUUUCACCUUUGUUUUCAACUAACUUCACAAGUCGGACUGUCAUGAACUAACAAAAUCUGGCAUGAUUU